CCUGGACUCGCCGCCGCCGCCGCGGGACUCGGGCAGCCCCGCAGCCCCGCAGCGCUCCGGCUCCUCCUCCUCUCCUGACCGCCCUCCGCAGCGAUGGACGGAGACGGUGAACCAGAGAGCUUGGGCCAGCCGGAGGAGGUGAGCCCGGAGGGGCAGCAGGAGGAAGCCGGCGCGGAGGAGGCGAGCGCCGGGGAGGAGCGGCCCGAGGAGGAGGAGGAGGAGGCGGCGGCGUACCUGGAGGAGCUGCCCGAGCCGCUGCUGCUGCGCGUGCUGGCCGAGCUGCCGGCCGCCGAGCUGGUGCAGGCCUGCCGCCUGGUGUGCCUGCGCUGGAAGGAGCUGGUGGACGGCGCCCCCCUCUGGCUGCUCAAGUGUCAGCAGGAGGGGCUGGUGCCCGAGGGCGGCGCCGAGGACGAGCGCGACCACUGGCAACAGUUUUACUUCCUGAGCAAGCGGCGGCGCAACCUUCUGCGCAACCCGUGCGGGGCAGAGGACCUGGAGGGCUGGUGCGACGUGGAGCACGGAGGGGACGGCUGGAGGGUGGAGGACCUGCCCGGAGACUGUGGGGUGGAAUUCAUCCACGACGAGAGCGUCAAGAAGUACUUCGCCUCCUCCUUUGAGUGGUGUCGCAAAGCGCAGGUCGUUGACCUGCAGGCUGAGGGCUACUGGGAGGAGCUGCUGGACACCGCUCAGCCGGCCAUCGUGGUGAAGGACUGGUACUCGGGCCGUAGGGACGCCGGCUGCCUGUACGAGCUCACGGUGAAGCUGCUGUCGGAGCACGAGGACGUGCUGGCCGAGUUCAGCAGCGGGCAGGUGGCGGUGCCCCCAGACAGCGACGAUGGCUGGAUCCAGAUCUCCCACACCUUCACCGACUAUGGGCCCGGUGUCCGCUUUGUCCGCUUCGAACAUGGGGGUCAGGACUCCGUCUACUGGAAGGGCUGGUUCGGGGCCCGAGUGACCAACAGCAGCGUGUGGGUGGAGCCCUGAGUGACCCCUCCUCCAACCUCAGCCCUCUUGGAGGUGCAGAGGCCUGGGGUAGAUAGGCCUUAGUAGCCCCCUCACUUUUUCCAUCCCCCACCUCACCCCCACCCCCACACACUCCUCUCCUGCCCCAUUCUCCCAGCCCAGCCCCCACACUGGGAAAGAGGAGUUUUGCUGGCGUAUAUGUGCAUCUAGAAAAUAAGAUGGGUGAGGGUAUGGGCCUGGGUCGGGCCCACCGCUGAAUCCCCUGCACCUAGUACAAUGCCUGCCGCAAAGUGGGCACCUAAUAAAUAUUUGUCCAAGGAAGGAAUGAAUGAACAAACGGAUGAAUGAA